AUGGAAGAAUCAGCACAGGGCCAGACCCAGACCUUUACCUCUACAGACCGGAUCCGCCAACUGAAUGACAUCGAUCAGGAUGUUACAAAACUCAUUAAUUCAGCUGGCCUUGCUAUACAAGCCUUGACGAACACUGCGCCAGACUCAUCCUCCCCCACCAACGACGGCUCCCUCGAAUCCCACAAAACGCAGUUCAAAGAAGCUACCGCCCAAUACUUCGCUCUCCUAUCCUCCAUUGAUGUACGCCUACGACGCCAAGUAUACGCUUUAGAAGAAGAAUCUCUUUUGAUCCAAGAACCCAAUACUCGCAUUGGCGAUAUGGCUGGGACAAAUGCCGCGGCGGGUGCGGGCGCUGGUGCCGGUGCCGGAGCUGGAACUGGAGCAGCCAAAAAGCAGACUGGGGCUGCUAAUCCUUUGGAUAUUAGUUGGCUGAACAGCCGCAAGGAUACAGUUGGGAAGGACAAGGAGGCGGAACUGUGGACAUUGGCACGAGAAUUCGUGGAGCAGUUGGACUCUGAGAAGCCAAGUGUGGAUUCGGAGGAGAUGCAGGUUGACUGA